AUGAGUUUAUACAACUUCAAAAAAAUAGCCGUGGUCCCCACGGCAAAGGACUUUAUUGAUAUAAUUUUGUCGAAAACUCAAAGGAAAACACCAACUGUUGUACAUAAACAUUACAAAAUAACGCGGAUACGUGCAUUUUAUAUGAGAAAAGUAAAAUUUACUCAACAAAACUUCCAUGAUAGAUUAUCUCGCAUUAUACAGGAAUUUCCAAAACUAGAUGAUGUUCAUCCAUUUUAUGCAGACCUAAUGAAUGUACUCUAUGACAAAGAUCACUAUAAAUUGGGCUUAGGUCAGUUAAAUACUGCCAGGCAUUUGAUUGAUAAUGUCGCCAAAGACUAUGUGCGUUUGCUUAAAUUUGGAGAUUCUUUAUAUCGGUGUAAACAGCUGAAAAGGGCUGCUCUUGGUCGAAUGGCAACAAUCAUGAAGAGGCAGUCUGCCAACUUGACAUAUUUAGAACAAGUACGGCAACAUUUGUCUCGUCUACCAUCCAUAGACCCAUACACACGCACCAUCAUUAUCUGCGGCUUCCCUAAUGUUGGAAAAUCAAGCUUCAUUAAUAAGAUCACUCGCGCCGAUGUUGAAGUUCAGCCUUAUGCAUUUACAACUAAAAGUCUUUACGUUGGACACACUGACUACAAGUACUUGCGUUGGCAGGUGAUAGACACGCCCGGUAUUUUGGAUCAUCCGCUGGAGGAGCGCAACGUGAUCGAGAUGCAGGCCGUCACUGCUCUUGCGCACUUGAGAGCCGCCGUUCUCUACUUCAUAGAUCCCUCGGAACAGUGUGGACACAGUAUUGAGGAACAAAUAUCGCUCUUCGAGAGUAUAAAGCCUCUGUUCAGCAACAAGCCGCUCAUAGUGGUCCUCAAUAAGAUGGACGUCAUGAAGCCCGAGGAGUUGCCAGAGCAGAAGAGAGCUCUCAUCGAAGAGCUCGAAGCUAAUUGUGCUAAAGGGAAUAUUGUCAACGCCGACGGAAACUCGGAGCUUCGCACGGUGCCCGUGAUGAGGACGUCCACCCUCACGGAGGAAGGGGUUCAGGAGGUCAAGAUCGAGGCCUGCGAGAGGCUCCUGGGCCACAGGGUCACUGAGAAGAUGAGGACUAAAAAGGUGGAUGGCAUCUUGAAUCGAUUGCACGUGGCGGUUCCGUCGCCUCGGGACAACAAGAUCCGUCCGCCCGUGAUCCCCCCUCAAGUGUUGGCCAAGAGGGAGAAGAUAGAGAAGGAGAACAGGAAGAGGAAGCUCGAGAGGGAGAUCGAACUCGAGGAGGGCGACGAUUAUGUUCUCGAUCUUCAGAAGAACUACUCGGAGAUAGCCGAGGAGGAGCGUCACGACCCCAUUCCGGAGUUCUGGGAGGGACACAACAUCGCGGAUUACAUCGACCCAGAAAUAUUUGAGAAAUUGGCUGAAUUGGAGAAGGAAGAAGAGUUGCGUGAGGAGGGAGGAAUGUACGCCGUGCCCAAGAUCGAGCUGGACGAGACCAUGAAGGAAAUUCGGGACCUCGCCCGCCAGAUACGCAACAAGAAGGCGAUCUUAAAGGACGAGUCUCGCCUGGUGAAGCAGUCCACGAAGCCAGUGAUGCCGAGGACCAGUCGCGCCAGGGACAGGGACAGGUCCACCAACAAGCUCAGGCAGCAGAUGGAAGGCUUGGGCGUGGACAUGUCGGAGAGCAAAGAGGCCCACUUCACCAGGUCCCGCUCCCGCUCUCGGUCCAUGUCGGCUCCGGCGAAGCGAGCGCGGCUCGAGUCUCAACCCCGCACGAGGUCCGUCUCCAGGCCCGCCAGAGACGAACAGGGCGUCAAGGACGUCGCCAUGCAAAGGCGCGCGAAGAAAAUGGCCCACAUCGCGAUUUCGAAGAAAACCAAGAAAAUGGGUCUCAAGGGAGAGGCCGACAGGUUCAUCGGCACCAAGAUGCCCAAACACUUGUUUUCUGGCAAAAGGGGCGUCGGCAAGACGGACAGGCGAUAG